GUCCUUGCCCAAGGUUCUGGUGGGGGCUGGGCUGAGCUGGGAAUCCCAGAUGGGUUCUGGGACUUGAUGCACAAAAAUGUCCUUGGCAGGGCUUCAGGAAGCAGAAAGUGAGGUCGGGGUGCUGGAGGGACAACUGAGUGGGUGGGAAGUGGUUCUUUGGUCCAGCCCCCAGUGCUUUUGUUUUUGUUUCCUGACCCUGUGGGCACUGACUCUGGGCAGGGGGCCAGAGAGCAGUCAGUGACCCAGAGGGGUUGAUUCCUGCCUGCCUCCAGCUGAGCAGGCCCCCCAGUGGCUAAUUGUGGGGGCCCUUGUGAAACAGCCUGGAUGGGGUGGGGCACGGGCGCAAGAUGCCGCAACCCAAAGCCACAGGACGGUUACUCCAUCAGCGGAGGGGGCGGACGGAACGCUGGAGGGGCCCAGGGCCAGGCUCCUCCCAACUGGUCUGCCUGCCACCUCAAAGUUAGGGGAAGUCCCCAGCCAAUCCAGUAAACGGAGCCAGAGCUAGCUGGACAACCCACUCCCAGCUCUUCAAAGUUAGAAAUCUCUGGGAGAAUUAGGACUCACCAGCGUCCCUCUCUCUGCCUGAAUCCCUAGUGAGGACAGCCCCCUAAGCCUUCGAGGGAGCAGGGGCUUUGUCCCAGGCCAGCUUAGGCGAGGCGGCUGUAGGAGACAGUACCUGCUUGCUGUGCCCCCGGGUUAUGACGACCCCCAAUAAAGGAAACAAGGCCUUGAAGGUGAAGCGGGAGCCGGGUGAGAAUGGCACCAGCCUGACCGACGAGGAGCUGGUGACCAUGUCUGUGCGGGAGCUGAACCAGCACCUGCGGGGCCUAUCCAAGGAGGAGAUCAUCCAGCUGAAGCAGCGUCGGCGCACGCUCAAGAACCGCGGCUAUGCCGCCAGCUGCCGCGUGAAGCGGGUGACCCAGAAGGAGGAGCUGGAGAAGCAGAAGGCGGAGCUGCAGCAGGAGGUGGAGAAGCUGGCCUCUGAGAACGCCAGCAUGAAGCUGGAGCUCGACGCCCUGCGCUCCAAGUACGAGGCGCUGCAGAACUUCGCCAGGACCGUGGCCCGCAGCCCCGUGGCACCCGCUCGGGGCCCCCUUGCCGCCAGCCUGGGUCCACUCGUUCCCGGCAAAGUGGCUGCCACCAGCGUCAUCACAAUAGUAAAGUCCAAGACGGACGCCCGGUCGUAGGGAUGCGAGCAUUUGCCCAAGCGGGUCUUUGAGGGGCCACUCGGCACAUGGCGAAUUUGGCAGCCCUGUCCCUUCUUCCUCCUCUCCUCUCCCCUCUCCCUCCCUCUUCCCUUCCCUGCAAAGCACAACCUGCUCCCAGGGGCGCUGGGCUGAGCCCCUUUGAUCUCCUCGUUGUCGUCAUGUGUUUUGUACGUUGGGAUUGGUCAGUUUGGCGGUGAUGUGUGGUCGCCCCUAACCCCCUUUACACCGAGGCCACGCAGGCUUGGAGUCCAGGAUUGGCGCUGUGGGAGUGGACGAGAGAGAGCAAGCAAGUGUGCUGGGCCUCCUGUGUCUCUUGGCAGGGAGGCUCCUGUCUGCCCUGCUCUCCUGGGUAGGCUGCCGGGUUGGAAGGGAGCUGGAGGGUCCUACUCUCUUUAGACUGGGCAGGCAGCUCACUCAGCCCAGCAGGAAGAGAUGGGAUCUGCUCAGAAGAGUGUCAUGUCCUUGAGGGCCCUGGGUGGGUGGGCCGCCAGCCUGGGUGCUGCGGGCGCGGGGCCAGGCUGUGGCGCUCGAGUCUGACGCAUUGCACCGAACAAGACCAAAUCGCUGGUUGUGAGCUUACGUGAGGGUGUGUCCAGAGUGUCCUGCAGUGGGUCCCGUGUCACUGUUUACAUGACCUAUUUGUGUGGUUAUAUAGCCCUUUAUUUAAAAGAGAGACGUUCCUUUUACGAAGUUAUUAAAUUAUAUGUUUAAAGGCUAAA